AUGGCCGAUUUUGGAGAGAUUCUCCGCAGUAUCGGAGAUUUUGGACUUUUCCAGAAGGUCACCCUGUUUGCUCUUUGCUUCCCAAACUUUAUUCUGCCUUUUCACUUUGCCAGCGUGUAUUUCAUCGAGUCGGAUCCAGAGCGACACUGUAACACAGACUGGAUCCUCAGCGCUGGUCCCAACCUGACCACAGAGGAGCAGCUGAACCUGACUCUGCCCCGCGAGGAGGAUGGCAGCUUCAGCAGGUGUCGGAUGUUCGUCCCGGUCGACUGGGACAUCGAUGCCAUCAGGGGAUAUGGACUCAAUGAGACCACCAGGUGCCUGAAUGGAUGGGUGUAUGGAAACAUGAUCUACAAAGCCACCAUAGUCACUGAUUUUGAUUUGGUUUGUGAGCGAGCAAAUUUUUUGGAAGUGGCACAAACGGUGUUCAUGGCUGGUAUCCUUCUUGGAUGUCUCUUAUUUGGACCGUUUGCUGAAUCGUUUGGUCGUAAACGAGCGUCUCAGAUACCAGUCGUUCUGAUGGUCGUGUUUUGUGUCACAACUGGACUGUGUCCCGACUUCUACACAUAUUUGGCUUCCCAGUUCAUGGCAGGACUUGGCUAUGGAGGUUUUCGACUUAACGGCAUUAUACUGGCCACUGAAUGGAUCGGAGUGUCCAAACGAUCGUGGGGAGCAUGUCUGUCUCAACUGUUUGCGGCGGUCGGACAGGUCGUCCUGGCUGGUAUGAUCUACCUCGUCAGAGACUGGAGACUGGCUCAGUUUCUGACAGCAUCUUUGCUAGCAGUGGUGGCUAUUUACAUAUGGUUUAUUCCGGAGUCGGCCAGGUGGUUGCUGGACAGAGACAGGAUAGACGAGGCCAAACAGCUGAUCACCAGAGUGGCAACCAUCAACAAACGCACUGUUCCAGACUCUCUGCUGGUAAAGAUUGUUGAGAAAGAAACUAAGAAAAAGGGAGGCGUGAUAAUUCUUAUCCAAUCACCUGUGCUUAGGAAGUAUUUCUUUACCAUAAUUUUGGCAUGGUUCUCGCUGAAUGUUACCUACUACUGCCUGUCAUUCAACGUGGGGAAGCUCGGACUGGACGUCUUCCUGACGCAGACCAUCUUUGGCCUGACUGAACUACCGGCUCAUAUUAUGAGCAUCUGGCUGUUAGAAGCAGUGGGGAGGAAAGUGUCGCUCAUGGCGACGCUCCUGACCGGAGGAUUGAUGUGCAUCUUAAUCUUAGCUGUUCCUCAGGGUAAUGCUGUUGCUGUCACCGCAUUGGCAACCGCAGGGCGUUUCUUCACCAACUGGGCAGGAUCUGUAUGCAACGUUUAUGUUCAGGAGCUGUUUCCAACAUCAUUUCGACAAACAGCCUCCGGUUUGGGCUCUAUCGCCAGCCGAGCCGGCGGGCUGCUGUCUCCGCUGCUCAACAUGCUGGCCAUGUACCACUGGACCAUUCCCAUCAUCGUCUACAGCACCCUGACGCUGGUCAGCGGAGCACUCGGCUUCCUGCUCCCUGAGACCAGAAGAAAAGAGCUCCCGGAUUCAACCGACGAGGCCGAAAGCAACAGAACUAAGGCGACCCUGAAGAAGCAAAAUAAAUCAAACAAACCUCCAGAAAUCAGGUCAACCAAGCUGUAG